AUGGCUACAUACAAGGUGAAGCUCAUCGGACCAGAUGGUGAUGAAAACGAAUUUGAUGCGCCUGAUGAUUGCUACAUCCUUGAUUAUGCUGAAAGUGCAGGGGUCGAGCUUCCAUAUUCUUGUAGAGCAGGUGCUUGUUCCACGUGUGCAGGAAAGAUAGUAGCAGGUUCUGUUGAUCAAUCUGAUGGAUCAUUUCUUGAUGAUAAUCAAAUGAAGGAAGGUUAUGUUUUGACUUGUAUUGCUUACCCUACUUGUGAUUCUGUGAUUCAUACUCAUAAAGAAGCUGAUCUUUAUUGA